AUGGAUUAUCGCCAUGGCGAGGUAGGGGAAGUUUCAGUGGAGGUCUUGUUUGACGACUUCAUUAAGGCAGGAACAUGCAAGCAUAUUCUGUCCACAUUCCAACAAUUAUGUGAGGAGUUGGACAUCAAGCACACCACACAUAGACACUUCUACCGCAGACUCCGCAACCGCAUCACCUCAUGGAAGGCUCAGACAGUUUGGGCCAAGCUCGACAAGCGAGCAGGGCUCAAGGAGUACAGGAAGGGAGAGGCCUGCUCAGACACUAGGGUCCUAGUGAUUGGUGCAGGACCAUGUGGACUGAGAACGGCCAUCGAGUGUGCCCUAUUAGGGGCACGUGUGGUGCUGGUGGAGAAGAGGGACAGUUUCUCCAGGAACAAUGUCCUUCAUCUCUGGCCCUACCUUAUCACAGACCUCAAAAAUCUUGGCGCUAAAAAGUUCUUUGGUAAAUUCUGUGCUGGAGCCAUAGAUCACAUCAGUAUUCGACAACUCCAAUGUAUCCUGACGAAGGCAGCGCUGAUCCUGGGGGUGGAGAUACACUGUAAUGUAGGAUUUGAGGACCUCAUAGAGCCUCCAGAAGACCAGUCUACACACAAUUUGGGAUGGCGCUGUAAAGUGGAACCCCCAGAUCACCCAGUGUCAGAAUAUGAGUUUGAUGUUCUUAUUGGGGCUGAUGGCAAGAGGAACACACUUCAGGGUUUCAAACGGAAGGAAUUUCGCGGGAAGCUUGCAAUAGCAAUCACUGCCAAUUUCAUUAAUCGGAACACGACAGAAGAGGCGAGUGUAGAAGAAAUCAGUGGGGUAGCAUUUAUCUUCAACCAGAAGUUCUUCAAAGAUCUCACAGAACAAACAGGCAUAGACCUUGAGAACAUCGUCUACUACAAAGAUGAUACCCACUACUUUGUGAUGACCGCCAAGAAAACCAGUCUUCUUGACAAGGGUGUACUUGUCAGAGAUUAUCCCGACACGGCCUCUCUCUUAUCCCCCAACAACGUGAACCGGGAUCGAUUGAUGGAUUAUGCCCGUGAGGCUGCUGACUUUUCCACCAAUCAACAGCUCCCUCACCUGGACUAUGCAAUCAACCACUACGGUCAACCUGACAUUGCCAUGUUUGAUUUCACCUCCAUGUUUGCCGCCCAGAAUGCCUCACGUGUCAUAAAGAGAAACGGUCAUAACUUGUUGAUGGGACUAGUAGGAGAUAGUCUUUUAGAGCCUUUCUGGCCCACUGGCUCUGGUUGUGCUCGAGGUUUCCUCAGCUCUCUCGAUGCUGCAUGGAUGGUUCGACGGUGGGCAUCAGGAAAGAUGACGCCUCUGCAGGUUUUGGCUGAGAGGGAGAGCAUCUUCCUACGUCUCUCACAGACAACUCCUGAAAACCUUCACAAAAAUCACCACAUGUACACGAUAGAUCCAAACACCAGGUACCCCAACUUAAAUAGCAAGGCCAUUUUACCUGAGCAAAUGCGACACCUUUAUGACUGUGGUGAUGGUACAAACCUGGACGAGAUCAUUGAUAUACCAGCAAAGCGGGCUAGAAAUGACAGCUACACAUUACUUAGAUGGUGUCAGAAACUGUUGAACACUGGAACAUUCAGAACUGUACACAUAGUAGACCUAACAUCCUCAUGGCGUAAUGGAUUUCCUCUCUGCUAUCUCAUCAACAUCCUCAAACCAAAUCUCAUUGACAUGAAUGUGUUGAACUCAAAGGAGGGGGCCAAAAACUGUCAGCUAGCAUUUGAUGUGGCACAGAAGGAGUUUGGGAUUGCUCCUGUGAUGACCGGGGAAGAGAUGACUCAGUGUUCUGCUACAGACAAACUUGCCAUGAUCUCAUACCUCUCUCAGUUCUACCAGAAGUUCAGAAAAGACAGAUUAUCUAGCUUUGAGUCACCGAGAGAGGAAAGUCACAAGAGUCAUAAGUCACCCCAUCAUCGUCUGUCCAUCCUACAGAAGCUGAGAGUCAGUGCACGAUUCUCAAGGUCAAAAAAGCGGAAAGAAAAAGAUGGAGACAAACAUGAAACAUCCUUUAGUAAGAGGCGACUCAAAGAUAAGGAAGUCAAAGCGACCAACGGUGAUGUACAAUUGACCAAGUACAACAAACUACCGAUGGAUGAGAUUGCUAAUAAAUUGACCGUCCAGCCGAAAAAUGAUAAUGUCAAACAGAAAGAAGAGUCCCUGGCUGCAGUUAAGGUCAGCGCCAUGGCAGAGAUCCUAGUGUCAAAGUUCAAAGGUCAGCAGGAGGAGCCGGUGAAGACAUCACCACUCACCAAAAGGAAGCAGCCAGGUGUGUUAUUAGCUGCUACUAAGGCCAGCGAGUUUUGCUACUUCUGUAAGAAGAGGGUGUAUUUGAUGGAGCGUAUGAGUGCCGAGGGCAUCUUCUUCCACCGUGAAUGUCUCAAAUGUAGUUUCUGCUCUGCUGGUCUCCGCCUUAGUAACUACAGCCAUGAACGCUCACAUACUGGAGAAGUGAAGUUCUACUGUUUCCGACAUCAACGACCAGAAUCUAGGGUUCCUAUUAGGAGCAGACGGAAAAGGUCUUGGCUUAAAGAUGAUAGUCUCAAGGAAAACAUUCCUAAGAUAUCGAUAGACACUAGUGAUUCACCAACACCUCAGCGUAAGAAAACUGAUGGUUCUCCGAAGAAAGUACCAAGUCCCCUAUCUCCACCCCUGAUGCCCGACUCCGAUUUUGUAAAGGCCAAGAAAACACCAGAGAGAAUAGAAUUUGAGAAUAGCAUUGAUGGCCUUCAGGAGGAGGAAUCUGAGGAAGAGCUCACGGAACACAACCUCCGUGCUUCCAUGUCAUCUGAUGCUAUCCUCAGUGAUGAAGAGGAGGAAAAUAUGUCGGACUCUGACCUUGAAGACCUUUAUGAAAUGCUGAGUGACUGGUCAAGCGAUGAUGCUGAGCUAACUGAGGUGAUGGAGGAGACGUUUGGUCUCAAGAAGGACCUUACAUUAGAGGAAGCUCUUGAGGUAGUGGAGACUCUCAAACGCAAGUCACAUGAAAACCUUAUAGAUGCUGUGAACAAUGAGGGCAAAGUCAAGUAUAUGGAUAGCGAUGAGGAUGACGACACAGAGGUGGAGGAUGAUUCAGACUUUGAAACAGACCAGGAGGAUGAUGACACAGAAAUGGAAGAUGAUGUGUGGGAGGAGGCUGAAGCUGAGCAGACACCUUCUGUCACACCCAAUAAAAAACUUUCACUCAACAUCCCUCCUCCAGAUACUUCUAACGUCGAAUGUAAAGCAAGGCGAGCUAAUUUCUUCACUACUCCUCCGGAGGUUGUCAGGCUUGAUCCCUGGAAAAUGUUUGGUAUGGGAAAGACAAACGAAGACAUUAAUAAAAACACUGAGGACUCUGAAGAAGUGAUCACAACACAGCCACAUGCUGCAGCGGAAGUGAUAGGGUCUGACACAGAGGCAACAGAUCGUCAAAUAAAGACAGAGAUAUUGGAUGAGGAGGAGAACAAAGAAAUACAGGAAGACAUCAUGGCAAAAGCUAAUGAAGAUGAUCAGAGGACGGAUGAGGAAUGUGAUGAGGUGUUUGAUUCGGAGGAGAAUGGGGAGGAAGUUGAUGAUAAAGACGCAUUGAAAUAUGAAAUGGAGAAGUUAUUGGUUGACAUUGACCACAAGUCAAGUGUUAGUGGUGAAAGUGUUCCUGACCUGCUUAAGACUGAUGAGGAAGAGGUUCCCUCUCCUUCAACAGAUGAGGAGCAGGAGGAAGGAGAAGGAAUGGAGGCUGGUGUGUUAGAGGACACAGAACAAGCUGUGCUUAAGAGUAUACAACAAAUGAGUGAAAAUGGUUCGUCUUCUUCAGGACGUACAACGUUACAGGAUGUGUUAAAUAGUGUGGAAGGCAUGAACACUGAGAAUUAUGAUAUUAACAUGCCAGAUUUUAGUGGCAUAGAUGAUAGAUUUAUUACACGGACACGUGGUGGUAGGAAAGGUGCCGUGAAAAAGAAGAAACGCCCAAUGUACAGAGAUUCUGUUGGAUCUGACUCCAGUUUCACCAUCUCAACACCUAGUCAUUCUGGGAGGUCGUCUGUGAGUUCACUGUCAUCAGAGCUGGAUCACAAUCAGCCAUAUAUUAAGGGCGAGGAAAAUGAUGAGAAACCUGAUGAGGAUAUGUUACGAGACUAUCAGCUGACUCUAAGUCAGGCUUUGGGUGAAGAUUAUAGUGAUGAUACAACACCCAGAAACAAUGCAAAUGAGGAUAAUCUGGAUGAGACUCUUCAUGCAGAACAGGAUGAAUUUGAGAAUUCACUUGUAGACAAAGAUAAAAGUUUCUAUGCAACACCAAAUGCGAGUGCAAGUGAUAAAAGUGCUAAUGUAAGUGACAAGUAUUCAUCAGCCAAUGAGAAUUUGACAGAAAUAUCACCAGAUGUGGUAUGUAAUAGUAAUCUUACCAAAACCAACAGUGAUGGUAGUGCUUGGCGUCCCCUCCCUCCCCCACCCCCUGUAGAUAAUAAUGACAAUGUGAAAUCCUCCACCAAGUCGCUUACCAAACGUCAGAACAGUACAGGGUCUGGCAGUGACACUGGAAAAGAGCGACGCCCAUCAACAGGGAGACAACUCCCUGAUAUCAGUAACCUCACAAGUAAAGUAUCUCAGCAAGGGUUUCAGAGCAAGUUCAUGAAAAAGAAGAUAGGUUCUCCUACCACGACUAUGACAAGUGGUGACAGUACGACAAGUGGAAAGGAGAGUUCUUCUAGUCCAGAAAUGAAGUUCAAACACAGGUCUGUUUCCACUGACAGUUCUAGAAAUAAUUAUACAUCUUCUUCAUCGGCAAAUGGAGAAAAAGACAGAGUGCCAAAAUCUAAGGAGAAGAAAAUGAGAGUCUCUGUAGAUCAUACCAAGCUUAGAGCUCUCAGUAGUUAUGAGGAUAGUUCAAGUCAGAAUGAAGAUGCCAGUGGCAGGAAAAAGAAAAUUGGCAUCGAUUCAAAACUGAAAAAUCAAGUGAAAGAAGAGUCAAACAAGCCACGUGUGAGUGUAGGAGAGCACAUAGUGGAUGACAUUCCAUUUGCUGAUGACAGCGAAGAAGAUCCACACUAUGACAAUUUCUACACGCCAGCCACCUCUAUUAAGAGUAAACCAGCUCCGGCCAUGAAACGUCCUAGUCCUCAGCGGGACAUCAGGAAACGGAUCUUGCCUACUCCUCCAACUCAAGGGGAAAGCACGCCUGCUGUUCCAACAAUUGACCACAUAAGACAACUGAAGCGAACAGAUAUGGACAAGGCACGUGAAAAGGCUCGAGAGAAGGCAAGAUUGAAAAGUGAUGAGGAGUUAGGAUUAGCAAACAUGGGAUACACACCUGUAGCUGGUCAUAAAGGUCACAGAUAUCGUAGGGGAAACAGUACCACCCCAAGCACCAGUGACCAAGUGUUCUCAGACAGUGAUGAUAAUCAGAGAUCAAAAGUGAAAGUGAUGCAUUCUACACCUAAUGGUGAGGUAGUUCAACCACCAAAGUUCUCCAAAGAUAAAAAGAACCAACAGUUAGAUAACAGUACCAAUGGUAAAAGUUCUGAUAAGUCAGAUACUGAGACAAAAUCCACAAACAAAAAACGCAAAUCACUCCUUCAGAUGUUAAGACCAAGCAAAGAAAAAGGCAAAGACUUCAAGGACAAGAGGUCAUCAUCAAAUGAUACUCUUGAUGAGAAAACUGAAAAGAAAGUUAAAAAGACUCCAAAAUCUGAUAAGAAAAAGAAAAAGCUUCAUAAAUCUGAAGGGGAUGCUUUAGACAAGGGCCUGAGUGAGGGCAUGCAAGACUUAAAAAUUGUUGGGUCCAUGUUUGGACAAAAGGGGACUCCCACAGGACGACGCCCAGGCCAUGCUGUCCGUAGGACUGUGGCCCCCAGGGCUGACUUGGAAGAAUUUUCUGAUUCUGAUGAAAGUCAUGUGUCUGUUGAAACCACACUAUCCAGGCGGUCAAGGGAUCGAAGGACGAUGUCAGAAGACGAGGUGAAUGUGAAGAUUGCUCGUCGUGUACAAUCAGCUGCUAAGAAACAACUGAAGCAGCGUGAACAGAAACGGCUGAGAAUGGCUCAGGAGAUACAGAGGCAGCUCGAGGAAGUGGACGUCAAACAGAGGGAGCUAGAGGAACGUGGUGUCUCCAUAGAGAAAGCACUUAGAGGAGAGGGACCAGAUGCAGAGCGUGAGGAGAAAGAAUUGAUGCAGGAAUGGUUCAAUCUGGUGUAUGAAAAGAAUGCACUUGUCCGAUAUGAAUCUGAGUUAAUGGUCAAUGCCCAGUAUAUGGAACUUGAGGACAGGCAUGGUCGUCUAGAACAGAGGCUUCGAGAGAGAAUGGCAAUGGACAAUAUAGUUAAAACCCAGGAACAAGCUGCAGAAGAGAAGCGAAUUCUGGAUGAACUUCUUGAAGUUGUGGAGGAACGUAACAAUCUUGUGGCCAUGUUGGAGGAAGACAGACUCAGAGAGCGAGAAGAAGACAGCGAGCUCCAGUCCAUGAUGCAGAACAAAGGCUUUAAUCUGAGUCCGUUAGACAGCACUCGCAAGCUACGCGACUCCCAAGGAUUCCCUCUGUCCUGCUAGCAUACUCCACCUCUGGUGGAACAUACCAUAUCACUGCCUCACAGAUUCAUAAAUAAGAAUUAAAAUAUGUCUAAAUUCAAUAGUUUGCAGGGAAAACAUUUUUGAGAACCGUUAUCUCAAACUGGCUGCAGUACUGGACUAUAGAGAGUGAGUCCUGCCUGACAUUUAUUGAUAAAUUUGGUGCCACAAAGAAACACAAUUAUGCUUAUGACAACAUACCCUAGUAGUUCAAAGUGAUAUGCUUGAAAUAACAAGAAACAGACUUUUUAAAGCCAUCCUCAUACAUACCCCUCUGAGAAUGAUAUAGAAUUUACACAUCAUCAGAGACAUUCAUGUGCUACAGAUAGGUGAAUCUAGGGACAAGACCUAUAUUUGUAGCACUGUUGCAAUGAAUAUCAUGUGUGAGAAUCCUUGUAUCUUGUCUACAAGUGACUGAACAUAUUUCUGUGGAGUCUGGUAGACUCCAGUGUGAAAAGUGUGAGAAUCCUUGUAUCUUGUCUACAAGUGACUGAACAUAUUUCUAUGGAGUCUGGUAGACUCCAGGGUGAAAAGUGCAAUCAACUUAUAAAAAUUUUUGUAUAAUUGUUGUACAUGUGAAUAUCAUGUUUCCAUGAAGUUCAGGUUAGUUCUGAUAAUUAUAUGUUUUGAUGUGUAUUUUGUUAUGUGAAACCAAUAGGGCCUGACUGAAAGUCAGGACAACUUCACUGAAGAUCCAGCCAUAAUUUAUUAUCACUACUUACAAAUCUAUAAUCUUAACAUUUCCAAUUCUAAUGAGAGUUAAACAAACUGCCAAUGAACUGGUCUGAUUUAUAUGUCGGUAGAAUCAGUCUUUUAUGUUCAGUGAUCUAAAAAAUUAAAACAGUUUUGAAAAAUUUCAAAAAUUGAUCAGUUGGCAAUGCCGAUACUAUUACCUAAUGUCAGAAGGGAGGCAACUUUAUAGAUUAAAAGAAAUGAUUGGUUGGCAGUUACUAAAUAUGGGAAGGGAGGCAAUUAAACUGCUCUCCCGUAAACCAAAGUUUGAAGAAAUUUCAAGCCUUAUAAGAUUAUACAUAUGGUAUUGGAUUAGCAAACUGGAUAAUAUUUGUAACCUAGAGAUGGUAACAUAACACUAUAGUGUUGAAAUAUGGAGCAUCAAACGUCUGUUUCAUAUUUCAUCAGUACAAGAAAAAAGUACAAAUGCUGAGUCAUACAAAAGAGUGUACCCGGUAAAGCAAACAUUGUAUUAACAUCACUAGAUUUUGUACAAAUAAUUGCCUAAGUAGUAAACAAUGGAAAUGGCCAGUUUUCUGAUAGUAAAAGGUGAUGUUGGAUUAUGACAGCUAUAGACUAAUCUUUAUUGAUCUGAUAAAUAUAUAUAUUUAUGUAAGUUACUGUAUAACAUGAAAUCUGCUUUUACUUUGAAGAAUUCUUUGUAUUCAUGGGAAAAAUCCCAAGAAAAUACAACCAAGACUUCUGGUUAAAGAAUUAUGUGUUUAGGUACACACAAAAAUUCUUUUUCCUUGAAAUGAUGUCUUAGGUUUAAGCCAUGAACAAAAGAAUGAAUAUUUCCUGUUGUACAGUACUGUAACUGUCACAAUACACCUUUAUUUAACAAGAUACAGAUUAUACGUAAACAUGUCUAAGGAUAGCUUUAGUUAUCCGGUAAACUGUUGUUUGUUUGAUAUUAUUUAUGCAAUGAUGUGACUUUUCUGUCUGCCUUCGAUAGACUAGGUUAGGCAUAUAUAUUUAUGUGAUUGUCUCUGGAGUCUUGGUAUGCAAUAUACAUGUUAAUGAUACAAAUUGUGGAUUCUGUGAUCUACCUUUCCUUUAGACAUGUUUUUUUAGGAGUCCUGCUAUAUUUAGAUUAAAAGAUUCUAUAGGUUUUAUUAAGAAACAGGAUAUAUAAAACAUACUUAUAUGGAUAAAUAAAGCUUUCUGUUUAUAUAAUAAUGACCCAUUAUCAUUCACCCCAUUUUCCCUAAACUUCGCUUUGGAGUUUUUAGAUAAAGAGGAACUGGAAGUCAUAAUAUGCUCAAGAUGGGGGUAGUCUUUAUUAAACUCGGAUCACAUUUUACAUGAUCAGUCUGUUACAGUUCUCUCUUUUGAUAUCGAGACUUCUACAAUUUUAAGGUUUUAAUGUGUAUAUAGAUAUAAAAAGUUCAGGCCGUGUUUUAGAUUUCUUUAGAUAUGAAUCUUAAUUUUGUUGUUGUGAUGCUUGCCAGCCUUGAAACAUCUUCUGCAAGUCUACUGUAAAUGCUUAUUCAGCUCUCAAGUUUGUAUAACUUUAUACUACAAAAGAUGAAUUAUCCCUAUUAUACAAGAAGGUACUUAUAGUAAAUGUUCCUUAAAGUAUCUACCACACUGUGCUUCUGAUAAUUACCAGAACUAUCAAUAAUACUUUUGGUGUAUUUUUGGUUCGGCUUUUAUAUUUUUUUUUAUUAGGAUUUGUUAUGAAGACAUGUUGUAGGUGUUUUGUACAGUGAUGACACAUGUACAUGUACAACAUUCCUUGUCUAAGUUACAAUACCUAUAGAAGUACCAAGGUCAUAGGUCAUCACUAUGGUGACUUAAAAAGUCAUUGUGUUGAACAAGUGUCCGAAGAGAAUGUCUGUGGUGACAUACAAAUUAAUUCUUUCUAAACUCCAUUAUCUUGUAUUUCAUACAAAGAAUAUUUGGAAUUUUCCUUGGAAAUGAAACUGACUCAUUGUGAUACUGACGUGUGGGAAAGCUGAGAGUCAUGAUCGUAGACAAUUCAUAACAUACCUUAAUACUAUCAUCAUUUCAAACUUGAUAAUUUAUCAUCUUGGUAUCAUGGAGGUUGGAUGAACCAUUUAUAAUGAAGUGAGUGAUUGGGUAAUAUUUGGUGCAGAAUAAUUAUUGGUACAUUUGAAACCUGUCAUAAGGCAGAUAUAUUCUGUACAAGCACUGCUGUAGCAUCUUUAAAAUUAUCACUAGAGGCACUGUGAACUUGAGACAUUGAAGCCCUAAGAGGGAAGCUAUUCCUUUUUUCUAUGUUUUUUUUUUCAAAAAUGAUAGAGAUGUACAAUAAUAAAUAUAUCAAAUACUAUUAAGUUUCUAGAGAGGUUGCUAUAAAUAUGUUGGGAAAUGUUGAUAGUUGUUUAAUGUUUGUUGAUAUUCACUAUCUUGUUUUGAAUUCACUUUCUACAGGGGUUUAGUAAGCCUGUCUAAUGUAUAAGGCCCACUGUUGUAUAAGACUGUAUCAAUAGUUAUUUUAGAGGCCAAAUAUGAAUCAUGCAGUUUAGUUUUUUGUAUGCUUUAGGUCUUACUAAAACAUUUUGCCUUUCCGAUAAUACAUAAACUGUUUUUUCUCUUUAGAUAUAUUUAUUGUUGAAUGAGUUUGUUUGAGCCAGUGGCUGUAUGUUGUGAGAUAGAGAGAAGAAGGAGAGAGGUUAUUGGUGAAAAGAGACAGAGAGGAGGAGGAGAUAAGUGAUGGAAGUGUGUUUAUCUGAUAUUUGAUAUCUUGAUCACCGGUACCAUGUACAGAUAUCGUAAACAUCUAAAGGGAGGUAAGCUAUUGUAUGGCUUAUUGUACUCAGUAAUGGUUUGUCAGCAUACAGAAAAAUAUACCGUUCACUGUCUAAUACUACUAAUUUUACAAAACCACAAUUACAUAUUUUAAUAAAGUGUAUUUCACACUUUAAUGUACAGAGAAAAUUUCUGAAUGCAAACAUAAAUUCUAGCUUAGAUAUUUAACAAACUUUUAAAUGUAUUCUGGAUUCAAUUAAAGAAAACACGCACAAAUCAAAACUCAAUAAAAAGGGGUGUUAUGCUUUAAAUCUUUGAUACCUGGAUUUAAAAUAACUUUUGUUUGUUUCUGAUUUUUGCUAGAGUUUUCAAACAGAUUGUUAGUAGCUUAUGAACAUUGAAACUAUAGUUAGUCUAAAAGAAAUGCUAUGUAGAGAAACAAAAUUCCAAACACAACUUUUGUGGGACUCAACAUUGUUGAUCUUUUUCAUUUGAACAUCCUUACUAUCAAAAUACAGUAAGAUAUUUACAAAACUAAAUUACUUGCUUAAAACUAAUUAAAAACUUCUAACCAAUGGAAAUUUUCAAAA